CCUCGGGCGAGCUGGCGCGUGUGUAGACCGCGCCGGCGGCCCUGGGAAGUUCGACACCGCGUCGACGUCCAACAGCCUCUCCUUUGCCGCCGGUCCUGCGACGUCGACGCACUCUGCGUCGGCUACAGCUUUUACGCUCCGCUCCGCUACGGAGGUCAGGUCGAGUGCAAGACCUAUAAGGCGCAAGCAUCGAAAGACAUGAUUGCGGGCGCAACGCCCUCGAGCGGCACGACGUGCUACGAAAAAAUGAAUUCACCGACGCCGUCGCCUCCGCCGCCGCCGCUCCCGCCACUGCCCCCGCCGUGUGUCUUUCCCGACGCGCUGUGCCUUGGCCAGAAAUGCGGAGACUGGAUCGGCACCUCCUGCACCAGCCCCUCCCUCCAGGGACUCUGGGCCGGCCACACCUGCCCGCAUUGCCGCGGCUGCUGCUCCGUGCAGCCGCCGCCUUCGCCUCCCGCAGCCCCGCCGCCGCCGCCACCGAAGCCGCCGCCGCUGCCGCCUCUCUCGCCGCCGCCGCCGCCGCCGCCGCCGCCGCCGCCGCCGACGCCGCCGCCUUCGCCUCCCGCGGCCCCGCCCUCGCCGACCCUGCCGACGCCGCCGACGCCGCCGCCGACGCCGCCGCCGCCGCUCGCCCCACCCCCACCCUUCUACGCCGACUUCGUCGAGAAGCUCGACGGGACGGUGCGGACGGGGUACGAGACCGUGGCGCCCGUCGUCAAGGAGCUGGGUGGGGAGUUGGACGCGCUGCUCCCUGAUCGGUGGGCCCAGAAGGCCGCCGAACACGGGAGCGCGGUGCGCGAGUGGAGCCUGCGCCCCCUCGGCGACUCGCUAAAGCUAAACUUGGACGACCGGAACCGGACAUCCACUCCGAGUGCUCUCCCCCCUCUCCUUCGCGAUCUCGCUAAAGCUAGACUUGGCCAAACCAUCCUCGCCAGUUCCCCGCUGAAGUUGGCGCUGGGAGUAGCCGUGUGGCUCUUCCUGGCGCUCUGCUUCUACCGCUGCUGCUGCCGGCGGCGCAAGCCGCCUCACAAGCGGCUCGUGGAGCCCGACGAGGAGGAGGCGCGGGGCGGCAAGCCGAGUCGGCGGCGGUCGAAACGCCCCUCCGAUGCCCUUCAUCAGCCGCAGGAGCUGGCGGAGCAGUUGGCGGAGCUGAAGCUUAGGAUGAAGGAGGUGGGGGAGCUGGAGCGGCGCCUCGCCGUGAGCAAGGCCACAAGGCCGGAAGUAGCAUCACUCGUUCAGGUGGCGCAGGCCGCGAGGUCUGAGCGGGAGAGGCUCGACGCUGCCUGAUUAAUGAGUGCUCUGGAGCAUAGAAUGCCAGCUGCAACUCGCGCGACUCUGGCCUUUGUUUGCGCGUGGGGGAACACGGCGCGAUGCUAACGCUACAGUAUCGGCUCGUGGAGGUUGAGGGCGGGAUGGAGGACGUUGGGCGUCGUGAGAACUGAAA